AUGGGCGACGUAGGAGGGAUGUGGGAUGUUGUCGCAAGGGACCCACUCAGAGACAUAAAAGGGCUGGGAUGCCCGCCUCGUUUCUUUCCAACGUUCGAGAGAACUUUGCUUCUUGCUUUGCGUAAAGCACCUGGGACAGGUCCAUUUUUUCUGUUUACAGUUGAUGUGAUCCUUGCAUCCACACGCGUGGACGACUUGGUCUCGGGGAGAGACACCCUGCUUGGCAACCGGAAGACAGAAGUCUUUUCUUCCCGGGGAACGAUUACUACGACAGUCUACAGACGCACGAGGGACGUGCUGUUCAAACAAGUGUUUGAUCUUUGUGGAAGCCACCACCACGACGGCAGUGACGUCGGAAACAUGACGACGAAGGAGGAAUCAAGUGAUUCUUUCCACGAGAGUGGAAGCACCACUCAUUCGACCAUGGGGGUUGGUCGUGACCGGCAUGACGAGGUUACGUCGGCCGCAUUUUGCCUGAGAUACGCCCUGGGUGACCAGGAGUCUUGGUCCAAGGCCAUGGGCUUCAUCAUACCUAGGGCACUGCCCUACAGCACGGCUGCAUUCUACGCGGUGGGACGCGUUGUCGACAUGACACGGGUCGUGGAUGUUAUCUUUAUUACGCGAAGGUAUCAGAAACCGAGCUAUGUCUCCGAUGCCAAGAGAUGGGCAGGAAGAGGUGCGACCGGACAAAUAAUGAGUCUUGACUCGCCACGUGAGAGGGAAAAGCGAGAGACUUUUAUCGACGACUGUCUAAGUCGGAUGUUGGACACCCCGCAUGAGCAGGUUGCGGGUUCCGUUGAGGACCUCAAAGUGGAAUUGGGCGAGCUCUUGAAGCUUCGCAGGCGUUACCACAGGUACCGCGAUCGCCGUCGCAAAGUACGGCCGCAGCCAUUACCAUCACCACCCCCACCAUCACCUACACCUAGUGAGGUGUCUUCGCCCUGGAUGCCUGAUGUGGAGUCGCUGACGUCGGGAGACGCUUUGUUCGAGGAAUCUUGCAUGACAGAAGCCGAGUUGGAUUUGCUUUGUCAGUUCAUCGUUGAUGACGUAGAGGACGGGAUGGAAAACACCAUGACGCUAGACUAG